UCCUCUUCUUCUUCUUACACAUUUUACAGUCUGCAUUUCACAUUUCACAAUAUUUUGGAACGCCCUAAACGCGUGCGCUGAUACUGUUUCCGACUUUUCUCGAUCACCCUGCUGGGUUUCCCCACUAUUGGCAAUUCCGUUCUUGUCAUGAGAAAUCUUCUUUUUUUUUGCAUAGCCUUCGGCACCGCAGGAUUUCCAGCAGCCAGAGAGAGCCAGUCGUGCGAACUGCUCCCACUGGAAGAUGGCGGUUGUGAUGCUGUCUGGGACUGGAGCACAGUGCUGGAUCUGCAUAGGAAGCUAACUUGAUGGAUAUAAAGACAAUGUUCCGUUUUUCUUUUCUCAGUCUUCUGGACUGGACUCUUUUGGGAUUGUGUUAUUAGGGCAUACGCACACUUUCACCACCGGCUGAAACUGGACUGAAAGUGGAGUGGUCUUUUCGGGGACGGGGAAAGCUAGACCGCUAGCCAUAGCUUGCGCAUAGCUUGCUAGAUAACACAUUGAUGGUAGUCCAUGGUGGGAGGAAAGUGGAUGAAAAUGUCGGAUACAAAGGUAAAAGUUGCAGUCAGAGUCCGACCCAUGAACCGGAGAGAAACGGAACUGCAUACGAAAUGUGUGGUGGAUAUGGAGGAUAACCAAACUGUUCUGCACCCACCGCCUUCAAACAAUAAAGGCGAAAACAGCAGGAAACAACCCAAGGUGUUUGCCUUUGACCACUGUUUCUGGUCCAUGGAUGAGUCCAACAUGGCCAAGUAUGCUGGUCAAGAGGUGGUUUUCAAGUGCCUUGGUGAGGGAAUACUGGAAAAUGCCUUUCAAGGAUACAAUGCCUGCAUUUUCGCCUACGGACAAACAGGUUCAGGGAAGUCCUUCUCCAUGAUGGGGAAUGAGAAGGCUCCAGGGCUGAUCCCCAGGCUGUGCUGCUCCCUGUUUGAGAGGAUCAGCCGGGAGGACAGCCAGGUUCACUCCUUCAAGGUGGAGGUUUCCUACAUGGAGAUAUACAACGAGAAGGUCCGCGACCUGCUGGACCCUAAAGGGAGUCGUCAGUCUCUGAAGGUUAGAGAGCACAAGGUCCUGGGUCCGUAUGUGGACGGCCUGUCACAACUGGCUGUCACCAACUUUGAGGACAUUGAGGUGUUGAUGUCGGAGGGGAAUAAGUCGAGGACGGUGGCAGCCACCAAUAUGAAUGAGGAGAGCAGUCGUUCCCACGCCGUUUUCAGCAUCAUCGUCACACAGACACUCUACAACCUGAAGUCUGGGAACUCAGGGGAGAAGGUGAGUAAGAUGAGCCUGGUGGAUCUGGCAGGUAGUGAGCGUGUCUCUAAGACUGGAGCUGCAGGGGAGAGGCUGAAGGAGGGCAGCAACAUCAACAGGUCUCUUACCACCCUGGGCUGUGUGAUCUCUGCGCUGGCGGACCAGUCUGCAAGGAAAGGGGGGAAGAAUAAAUUUGUUCCUUACAGAGACUCUGUCCUCACCUGGCUCCUCAAGGACAACCUGGGUGGCAACAGCAAGACAUGUAUGAUCGCCACGGUGAGCCCAGCAGCUGAUAACUACGAGGAGACGUUGUCCACGCUGCGUUACGCAGACCGCGCCAAGAGAAUCGUCAACCACGCCGUCGUCAAUGAAGACCCCAACGCACGGAUCAUCAGAGAGCUCCGGGAGGAGGUGGAGAAACUCAGAGUACAGCUCUCUCAGGCUGAGUCUCUGAAGGCCCCAGAGCUGAAGGAGAAGCUCCAGGAGUCAGAGAAGUUGAUCCAGGAGAUGACUGUUACCUGGGAGCAGAAACUACACAAGACAGAGGAGAUUGCUACGGAGCGUCAGAAGCAGCUGGAGAGUAUGGGAAUCUCCCUGGAGACGUCUGGGAUCAAAGUUGGAGAGGACAAAUGCUUCCUGGUCAAUCUGAAUGCCGACCCCGCCCUCAAUGAGCUGCUGGUCUACUACCUAAAGGAACACACGUGUGUGGGUGCAGACACAUCUCAGGACAUCCAGCUCUUUGGCAUCGGUAUCCAGGCAGAGCACUGUGUGUUGGAGAUCAGCCCAGACGGGGGGGAGGUCACCCUCACACCCAUUGAGAAUGCCAGAACCUGUGUGAAUGGAACCAUGACUGAGUCCUUGGUCCACUUGUGGCAUGGAGACCGUAUAUUAUGGGGCAACAACCACUUCUUCAGGAUAAACCUGCCUGGGCGUAAGAGGCGUGAGCGUCUGAAGGAGCUGGAGAGGGAGCGUGCGUCCCCCAGGGAGAGCUUUGUAGAGGUGGACGUAGAGACAGCCAGCGAGGCCUCCUCUGAACAGGACUACAGCUAUGAGUUCGCCCAGAUGGAGGUCAUGAUGAAGACUUUGGGAAACAACGAUCCCAUGCAGAACGUGGUCCAGGUCUUAGAGAAGCAGUACCUGGAGGAGAAACGCACGGCGCUGGAGGAACAGAGGAUGAUGUACGAGAGAGAGCUGGAGUCACUACGGCAACAGCUGUCUCCUGAGAGGACCAAUCAGCACCAGAGAUCUAGCAGCGACCGCCUCACCUUCCCCACACACACACCAUCACAUCACAGCAAGAUACGCCUCUGGACUGAGGAGAGGGACGAGCUGUUCCGUCAGAGUCUGUCCAGGCUGAGGGAGCACGUUUUGAAGGCUAACACCCUGGUGAGAGAGGCCAACUUCCUGGCAGAGGAGAUGAACAAACUGACUGACUACCAGGUCACCCUCCAGAUCCCUGCAGCUAACCUCAGCGCCAACCGCAAGCGUGGAGCCAUAGUGAGUGAACCAGCCAUCCAGGUGAGGAGGAAAGGGAAGGGGACUCAGGUGUGGACCAUCGAGAAGCUGGAGAACAAACUAGUGGACAUGAGAGACCACUACAGAGACUGGAAGGAGGGAGCAGAGGACAUGUAUACCAAGCUGAACAACCACAAGCAGCACAGUGAGCCCUUCUAUGAAGCUCAGGAGAACCACAACCUGAUAGGAGUGGCCAACGUCUUUCUGGAGUGCCUUUUCCACGACAUCAGACUACAGUACGCUGUUCCCAUCAUCAGCCAGCAGGGGGAGGUAGCCGGCAGGCUCCACGUAGAGCUGAUGCGUGUUAGCGGUGCGGUGCCGGAGAGGCUGGCGGGGGGAGAUGACUCGUCAGAGAACUCCAGUGAGAGCAGUUUCUACGAUGUGAUGGACACACAGGGAGAGAUCGUCCACAUGGCCAGGAAACUCACCUGCAGGGUACGUAUCAGGGAGGCCACGGGGCUGCCUCUCAACCUGUCCAACUUCGUCUUCUGCCAGUACACCUUCUGGGAGGGGGCGGAGCCUACGGUGGCCCCGCCCAUGGUCAGCCCAGACACGCCCACCACGCCCCGCACCCCCGACGCCCAGUUCACUGUCCGCUUCGACCACUGCAAGGACUAUGUGGUCCAUGUGACGGAGGAGUUUUUAGAGUUCAUCUCAGACGGGGCGCUGGCCAUCGAGGUGUGGGGUCACCGCUGUGCCGGGAACGGACGCUCUCUCUGGGAGCUGGACGCACUGCAAGCCAAGACACGCACACUACGAGACAGGUGGAGUGAGGUGUCUCGUCGUAUUGAGCUGUGGGCUUCUAUCCAGGAGCUGAAUGAGCAGGGGGACUACUCUGAUGUAGAGAUGCAGCCUGAGAAGGACAUCAGUACUGGAGGAGUGUUCCAGCUCAGACAGGGUCACUCUCGCAGGCUGCAGGUGUGUGUGAAGCAGGUGCAGGACUCUGGGACUCUGCCUCUGUUGGUGGAGGCUGUUCUGUCUGUCUCUGUCGGCUGUGUGUCUGCACGCUCCACCAAGCUGCAGAGACCCCUGGACAGCUAUCAGAGGGAGGAGGAGGAUGGAGAUAUGGAUAGUUAUCAGGUAUACUGUAACUCCUCAGUCUGCUGCUACUACUGCUGCUGCUGCUACUGCUGCCAAUGAUGAUGAGGCAUUAUGGAUGG